AUGGCUCCCUCGGCAGUAACAGAUCUACUACCUACUGCAUCAAAACCGGCUCCUAUGCAUACCGAGAUUAAAGAUGUCGAUGCAAUGUCAGCGAUGGCUCACCGAGGCAAAGCCCUCCCGUCGAUCCCGAAAUUUGCCUCUCAUGCUGAGACGCGCCAGUGGCAGCUGGAACACAUGGCGGGGCCUAUCGCGUCUUCGCCAGUGAAGAAUACGCAGAGGGCGAGCGACAUGACAUGUGUCGACCUGAAUGGCGAAGUUACCGGCGGCAACACUGCAGGCUCGAUCAACGCCGCUGGAUUUCAGAUCCACAGUGCGGUGCAUCGUGCCCGGCCCGACGUUCACGCCAUCCGCCAUACGCACUCUGUUUGUGGGAGGGCAUGGUCGGCCUUCUCGAAGCCACUCGAGAUGCUGAACCAAGACGUUUGCUACUUUUACAAUGCACAUUCGGUCUACGCCGACUAUGGUGGUAUUGCCAACGAAGCCUCCGAGGGCGAGAGAAUUGCCGCCAGUCUGGGAUCAGGAAAAGCUGCGAUUGCUGAACCACGGACUUUUGACUGUGGGAGCUGCAAAGUACAGCUCGCAGUCGAGGUUGCCGGACUCGAGAAGCACUUUGUUUCCGACGAGGAAGCAGCGUAUAAUUUCAAGAUGGCAAGCACUCCGGAGACGCUGUAUUGUGAAUUCCAGCCGCAUCUGAAGUACGAAGAGUACAAGUGUCGAGGGGACUACAAAGCCUAA